AUGGCAGUGACCUAUGAUGAUGUACAUAUCAGCUUCACUCGGGAAGAGUGGAAUUUGCUGGAUCUGUCCCAGAAGAAUCUCUACAAAGAUGUGAUGCUGGAAACCUACAGGAACCUUGCUACUAUAGGAUUCUUUUGGGAAGACCAUAAUACUAAAGAACACUGUCCAUUUUCUAGAAGACAUGAAAGGAUUGAAAAAAUUCAAACUGGAGAGAAACUUUCAAUAUAUAUUCAAUGUGGUAAACUCUUGACCUAUGACAGUCACCUAAAAGGGAAUGAAAGAACACAUACUGGAGAGAAGCCCUAUAAAUGUAAUCAGUGUGGUAAGGCCUUUGCAGCUCAGAGUUAUGUUCAAAAGCAUAAAAGAACACAUACUGGAGAGAAACCCUAUGAAUGUAAUCAGUGUGGUAAGGCCUUUGCACAGAAUGUUGCUCUUCAAUGCCAUAAAAGAACACACACUGGAGAAAAACCAUAUGAGUGUAAUCAGUGUGUGUUGGACUCAUCUAUGAUUGCUCGAAAUCAGAACGCAGCUUGA